GGGCUAUUUGAAAGACUGCUUCCCUGUGUACACAUAAUGCACAUGUAUUCUCUGCAGUUGUUUGGAUAAACGACUCCCUUCGUCUGUUUUUAACUGUUUUGUUUUUAGCUCUCACGUUUGUUUUUACUGGAAAUGGCGUCUUUGGAUGUUCGUUCUACGCGGCUGCUAGGCGCAGAGAACCCGGUGACGAAGGGUAAACCAACAGCAGCUGACUCAAAGAGGAAAACUGUUCUGGCAGAGCUCAGUAACUGUGCUGUAGCCGCGGUGAAUACGAAGAGAAGAGGUGCAGCCAAAGCCUCAGCCAAACCGUCAUGUGGUCAGAAAGUCGUAUCAGCUGUGGUCCAGAUCAAAGUGCCUGGGGAUCCUGUCCCUUCAGUUCCAGAGGAGCGGGAGGAGGAGGAGGUCGACAUGACCAUAAACGAGAAGCAGCUGUGCCAGGCCUUCUCUCAGGCGCUGCUUGACCUGCAGGACGUGGACGAGCAGGACGCUGAAGAUCAAUACCUGUGUUCAGAAUACGUCAAGGAGAUCUACAAAUACCUGCAUGAGCUGGAGGUUCAGCACCCCAUAAAGGCCAACUACAUGCAGGGCUAUGACAUCACACCAAAGAUGCGGGCUCUUCUGGUGGAUUGGUUGGUUCAGGUUCACCUUCGGUUCCAGCUGCUGCAGGAGACUCUGUACCUCACGGUUGCCGUCCUGGAUCGCUUCCUGCAGGUCCAACCAGUCUCUCGCAGGAAGCUGCAGCUGGUUGGCAUCACGGCGAUGCUGGUGGCUUGUAAAUAUGAGGAGAUGUUCGCUCCCAUGGUGGGAGACUUUGCCUACCUCACAGACAGCGCCUACACCGUGCCUCAGAUUUUGAAGAUGGAGCAGAUCAUCCUGCAGACGCUGUCCUUCCAGCUGGGACGACCCCUGCCACUGCACUUCCUCAGACGGGCCUCUAAGGUCGCCCAGUCCAACGAUGAGAAGUACACUCUGUCCAAGUACCUGAUGGAGCUGACCCUCCUGGACUUCAACAUGGUCCACUACCGCCCCUCUGAGGUGGCUGCUGCCUCCAUGUGUCUCUCCCAGCUUCUGCUGGAACAGCUGCCGUGGUCUCCUCUACAGCAGCAUUACUCCACCUAUGACAUGGGUCACCUGAAACCUAUCAUGCAACACAUCGCCAAGAACGUAGUGAUGGUGAACGAAAGAAAAUCAGAAUUCCUGGCUGUGACAAAGAAAUACUCCAGGCCGGAGUUCCUGAAGAUCAGUCUGCUCUCUCAGCUGAAGUCUUCAGUCAUCAGGAACAUGGCGGCUCCUUUGCUUAGCAACAACCCCUGAGUGGCCUUAACAUUUCUAACAUGAACUUCUCACUUGCACUUUACUUUGAAUCAGCCCCCCCCUUCAGUGUGUUGACAUUAAAAGUUGUUUUUUAAAUUAA